GCCGCCGCCGCCGCUUGGGGUUGGGAGUUGGCUGGUUGGGCUUAGGCACAGCGAGGUUGAUGCCUCACCAGCUGCCUUUUCCCUUAUGGGCUGCUGCUGCUGCUGCUGCUCGAUUCGGAAGGUGCCGUUUCGGACACUCCGCUGCGCCACAGAGACCAGCCAGUCGUGCAGUUAGCUAACGGCCGAGGUCUGAGGAGCGGAGGCAUCCUGCUUAGGGAGCGCGGCUGUCACUGAGGCGCAACCUUGAGGAGGAGACGCCUAAGGAAGUGUCCAGGGCAGGAGCACCAAAGAGAAAUUCAUGCGCUGGAAAGAGACCCCUCUGACUACGCUGGUGGCGGCGCGCGCAAAGGGGCGUCCCCCUUAAAUGUGCCUUAGGACGGGGCUGUCUGGACGCUGUUAACUGGGCGCGAAGAAGGAAGCCCAUUCUUGAAAGAGAGCCGUCAAGCGCAAGGGCGGGAGGGACCUGUAGGGCAAAAGAGGCGGAACCAGAAGUGGGCGCCCUUAAGAAAACCCGCUGAGAAGAAUUGUGUGAGGCGCUCUUCUCAAGAGUCCUGUCCAUUGGGAACUCAGCGGCUAUUAACCCUUCGAAACGGGGCGCUGAGCCGGUCAAGGCGGCGGAGCUUGGGCGUGCAGAGGAGAGCGCGCACAUGUGCCAAGAGAGGAAGGUGGGUGGGUUGGGUGAGCCAGGCAGCCAGCCAGCCAGCUAGCCGCGGGUGCUCUGCGCGCGGCGUCCGAGGGCAUUUCUGAGCGCUGCGUGAGGCGGCGGCUGCUGCUGUCCCGUCCUGUCCCGCUCUGUGCGCUGCGCUGAGCGGGGCCAGCUGAGGCAAAGUGGCCUCGGGUGCCAAUUGCAUCCGCCGCAGCCAUGGCCUUGAAGGACAGCGGCGGCGGCGGCACUGGCGGCACCACCAGCACCACCACCAUCCUGCCCAUUAGCGACAUGGUGUCUUCCUGUUCACCGGCAGCGGCUGCUGCGGUGGCGGCGGGGGGCUGCGCUUUCCCGGAGGUGGUGGAGCUGAACGUGGGCGGGCAGGUGUACGUGACCAAGCACUCGACGCUGCUAAGCGUGCCGGACAGCACCUUGGCGCACAUGUUCUCGCCCCGUCGGAGCGCCACGCGGGAACUGCCCAGGGACAGCCGGGCGCGCUUUUUCAUCGACCGCGACGGCUUUCUCUUCAGGUACGUGCUGGAUUAUCUGCGGGACAAGCAGCUGGCUUUGCCGGACCACUUCCCGGAGAAGGAGCGCCUGCUGCGCGAGGCCGAGUACUUCCAGCUGGCCGACCUGGUCAAGCUGCUCUCGCCCAAGGUCACCAAGCAGAGCUCGCUCAACGACGAAGGCUGCCAGAGUGACCUGGAGGACGGCAACUCGCCGGGCAGCGGCGAGCUCCUUCUGCCCCAUCAGCGCGCCGGCGAGAAGCGCGCCGGUUUCAUCACGGUGGGCUACCGGGGCUCCUACACAACGGUGCGGGAUAACCAGACCGACGCGAAGUUCCGCCGGGUGGCCAGGAUCAUGGUGUGCGGCAGGAUCGCCCUGGCCAAGGAGAUCUUUGGUGACACGCUCAAUGAGAGCCGCGAUCCGGAUCGGCCUCCUGAGAAAUACACUUCCCGAUUCUACCUGAAGUUCACUUACCUGGAGCAGGCCUUCGACCGUCUCUCCGAAGCUGGCUUCCAUAUGGUGGCUUGCAAUUCCACCGGCACCGCCGCCUUCAUCAACCAGUAUAGGGAAGACAAAAUCUGGAGCAGCUAUACCGAGUACAUCUUUUACAGACCACCACAAAAAACAGUUUCUCCCAAACAAGAACAUGAAGAUAGAAAGCAUGAAAAAGUUACAGACAAAGGAAGUGAGAGUGGAACUUCCUGCAAUGAGUUGUCCACUUCUAGUUGCGACAGCCAUUCUGAAGCAAGCACUCCCCAAGAAAAUGCUACGAGUACCCAGCAGUCCACAGGGCAUCAGCCAAAUACUCUAACAUUGGAUCGGCCAUCUAAGAAGGCCCCAGUGCAAUGGAUGCCACCACCAGACAAACGCAGAAAUAGUGAACUUUUUCAAACUCUCAUUAGCAAGUCCAGAGAAACAAACCUUUCCAAAAGGAAAGUGUGUGAGAAGCUGAGUGUUGAAGAAGAGAUGAAAAAAUGUAUUCAGGAUUUUAAAAAAAUCCAUAUUCCGGAUUAUUUCCCUGAGCGUAAACGCCCAUGGCAGUCUGAACUGUUACAGAAAUAUGGGCUAUAGUUUUUCAGUAUUUCAUGACAUGUCAGUGGUGCAUUAGAUGUUUAUUGAGUUGCCAGUUUCCUACUGAUGUACUUCUUUUCUGGUCUACUCAUUGGAGUGAUUCCUGCUGCUUAUUUCUUUCUGUGAGCAGUGGAAGUUGGACAUGGGUUGAUUCUCUCUCUCUCUCUCUCUCUCUCUUUUCUCUCUCUCUCUUUUUUUUUGGGGGGGGGGAAGUAAAGUGAAACUGAAGUAUUAUGGAUUAUUUUAUAAUGGUUUAAAAAUGCAUGAUCAAGACAUUUUGGUUUUCAUACUUCUCAUUUGUAAAACAAAUCUGUCAUGAGAUCACACAUUAUUCUAUGUCCAUAAUAGCAGUGAUACUAAAUUCCACUGGAUGAAGAAGAAUGGGGCUUAUAAUAACAGAAUUAAAUCCAAACAUUGUUUUCAAAAUGUUAAUGCAAUAAAGCAAAUGUCUAUUUUGCAUGAGCACAAUGUGGCAGGUAGAUCACACAAGAACAAGAGGUUUGUCUGCUGCUUGGAUAAAUAUUUUGUUCAAUACCAAGACUAUACACGUAAAAUGUCUUUGGAAUUGAACUUUGUGAGGAUUUGUGUGUGCCUGUGUGUUGUUUUGUAAGGAUGGUGUAAAUAUGCCUUAUACUGUUUUAUGACUGCACCAACAUUCAUCUACUAGUGUUUGUCAGGAUUGUUUCUGUGAAAUGCAAACUAUCAGCAGAUUGUGAAAACUUGUUUGAUGGUCUGAAAAUUUCUGUUUUCAUGUUAGUCAACAAAGUUGAAAAAAUAAUAAUAAUAAUAAAGACCUUAACAUAUUUGUUAAAAGGGG